AUGUUCGCUCGUCAGACUCUCCGCUAUGCGCAGCCUCUGAAGCAGAGCUUCCGCAAGUACUCUACGGAGGCGCCCAAGGCCGCUGGGGGUGCUGCUCCCCCUCCUCCCCCUCCCAAGAAGUCCAACUUGACCCCCAUCUACGUCGGUGUUGGUCUUGCCGGUGUCGGUGCUGGUCUGUACCGUUACUACGGCAGCGGUCCUAUCGAGCCCAAGGACCGUCCCAAGGUCUUCAACGGCGAGGACUGGGUGGACCUUAAGGUUGCAAGCAUUGAGAACCUGAGCCACAAUACCAAGAAGCUGCGCUUCGAGUUUGAGGACAAGGAGGCUGUCUCUGGUCUCCAAGUUGCCUCUGCUCUGUUGACCCGUUUCAAGCCCGAGGGUGCUGAGAAGAACGUCCUCCGUCCCUACACUCCCACCAGCGAUGAGGAUACUCCUGGCUACCUCGAGCUCGUGGUCAAGGCCUACCCCAACGGCCCCAUGUCCCAGCACAUCCACUCCCUGAACGUCGACCAGCGUCUGUCCUUCAAGGGCCCUCUUCCCAAGUACCCCUGGGAGGCUAACAAGCACGACCACAUUGCCCUGAUUGCCGGUGGUACUGGUAUCACCCCGAUGUACCAGCUGGCUCGCCAGAUCUUCAAGAACCCCGACGACCGCACCAAGGUGACUCUGGUGUUCGGUAACGUGAGCGAGGACGACAUCCUGCUGAAGAAGGAGCUCCAGGAUCUGGAGAACACCUACCCCCAGCGCUUCCGCGCCUUCUACGUCCUGGACAACCCUCCCAAGGAGUGGACCGGCGGCAAGGGCUUCAUCAACAAGGAGCUGCUGAAGACCGUUCUGCCCGAGCCCAAGGAGGAGAACAUCAAGCUCUUCGUUUGUGGCCCGCCCGGUCUGUACAAGGCCAUCUCUGGCGGCAAGGUCAGCCCCAAGGAUCAGGGCGAGCUGUCCGGUGUCCUGCAGGAGCUGGGCUACAGCAAGGAGCAGGUUUUCAAGUUUUAGAGCACUAGAAUAUAGAGCCGGUGCGGGAUGCGAGACCGCUGAGUACAUUGAUGCAUUUGUU